CGCUCGGUCCACUACUCCAUCUAUCCUCUCCAUCACUGACCAUGAGCGACGCCUUCCCUCCCGAAGCGCUCGCGCUCGCGCACGCGCUCCUUGCGGCCGCGCAGUCCUCGCCCCUCGCGGACAUCCUCGCCCUGCUCGACCGCGGCGCCCCGGCAUGGUACCAAGACGAGGCGCUGGGGUGGUCGGCGCUGCACUACGCGGCGGAGCGGCGCGAGCCUGCGCUCCUGCGCGCGCUGUUGCGCGGCGGGGCGGUGUGGAAUGCCGUGGACCGGUGGGGGCGCACGGCGGGCGAGGUGUGUCUCUCGCUCAACGACCAAGAGGGGUGGGAGGCGGUGCGGAACGAGGGCGUGCGCUCCGAAAUGCUCGUGCAUGCCAUGAAGGGGGCGGCGGCGGGGACAGGCGCGAUGACGCUGCGCGCAGAGGACAAGACGAGCGCGGGGGACAACCUCGCCUUCCUCGCCAGCAAGCUUACGUGGGAUGUGGGGGAGGACGGGCGGGAGCGCGUGCUCGACGCCGACGGGAACGGGGUUAUGAUGGGCUGGGAGGAGCCGUUGAUGCGCGAACACGUCCGCCUUAUGACGGAUCAUGUGUGCGCCGUCGAGAAGGGAGGGGACGGCAUGAGCGUCCUCAAUGUCGGGUUUGGGCUUGGCAUCGUCGACCGCCUCUUCCAGGCCACGCGGCCGAUGCAUCACGUCAUCAUCGAGGCGCAUCCCCAGGUCCUCGCGUACAUGAAGAGCAAGGGCGUGUAUGAGUGGCCCGGUGUCAAGGUGCUCGAGGGGCGGUGGCAGGACUUCGUGGGGGAGCGGAUGGGCGAGUUGAUUGAGGCGAGUGGGGGGAUGGGCUUCGACGCCAUUUUCGUCGACACGUUCGCGGAGGGAUACGAAGACCUCAAGGCGUUCUUCGAGGUGCUGCCCGACAUCCUCGAGGCUGAGCAUGGCAUCUUCUCGUUCUGGAACGGCCUCGGCGCGACUAACCCUACAAUCUACGCCGUCUCAUCUUCGCUCGCCGAGCUCCACAUGGACGACGUGGGCCUCGAGACGACAUGGCACGACGUGCCAAUCCCUCAGAGUCUGGCCGAGGAGGUGUGGCGUGGCGUUAGGCGAAAGUACUGGGAGCUCCCGGGUUACCGUCUCCCGAUCGCCAAGAUGCGUCUUGCAUAGUGCAUAGAGUCUAGAUGUAGAUGCUGUAGAGGGACAGGCUGGGACAAGCUGCGUCGGCAGGUAUGCAGCCGGCGCGAUCUUUGUGCUCGGUUAAAGUGUCUACGGCCU